AUGCUGGCAGCUGCCUCUGCUGACUCCAACUCCAGCAUCAUGAACAUGUCCUCUGCUCACUUGCAUUUUGCAGGAGGGUACCUGCCCUCAGACUCCAAGGACUGGAGGACUAUCAUCCCAGCUCUAUUGGUGGCUGUCUGCCUGGUGGGUUUCAUGGGGAACUUGUGUGUGAUUGGUGUCCUCCUCCACACUGCUUGGAAAGGAACGUCGUCCACGAUCCACUCCCUGAUUCUUAACCUCAGUCUGACUGACCUCUCUCUCCUGCUGUUUUCUGCACCUGUCCGAGCCACUGCGUACUCCAAGGGAGUCUGGGACCUAGGCUGGUUUGUCUGCAAGUCUUCUGACUGGUUCACCCACACAUGCAUGGCAGCCAAGAGCCUGACAAUUGUUGCAGUAGCCAAAGUAUGCUUCAUGUAUGCAAGUGAUCCAGCCAAGCAAGUAAGCAUCCACAACUGCACCAUCUGGUCAGUGCUGGUGGCCAUCUGGGUUGUGGCAAGCCUGCUGCCCCUUCCGGAAUGGUUCUUCAGCUCCACCAGGCAUCUUGCAGGGGUGGAAAUGUGUCUCAUGGAUGUACCAGCUGUGGCCGAAGUGUUCACGUCAAUGUUUGGUAAGCUCUACCCGCUCCUAGUAUUUUGCUUUCCCUCACUUCUGGCCAGCUUUUAUCUCUGGAGAGCUUAUGACCAAUGUAAAAAACGAGGUGCUAAGACUCAGAAUCUCAGAAAUCAGAUGCGCUCAAAGCAACUCACAGUGAUGCUGCUGAGCAUUGCUGUCACCUCUGCUCUGCUAUGGCUCCCCGAGUGGAUAGCCUGGCUGUGGAUGUGGCACCUGAAGGCUGGAAGCCCAGCUCCACCACACGGUUUCAUAGCCCUCUCUCAAGUCCUAAUGUUUUCCAUCUCUUCAGCAAACCCUCUCAUUUUUCUAGUGAUGUCUGAAGAGUUCAAGGAAGGCUUAAAAGGCAUAUGGAAAUGGAUGAUAAACAAAAAACCUCCAAAUGUCUCACAGUCUCAUGGAACACCAGCUGGCAACUUAGAGGUCCUUCCUGGCAAAGUCUCAUCUCCAGAGUCCCCAACAUCCAUUCCAGAGAACAAACUUGGCUCUUCUAACUGUGGCAAAGAGAAAACUGAGAAGGCAUGGGGGAUUCCCAUCCUCCCUGAUGUAGAGCAGUUCUGGCAUGACAGGGACACUGUGCCCUCAGCACAGGACAAUGACCCUAUCCCCUGGGAACAUGAGGACCAAGAGACAGGAGAUUGUGAUAAACAUGUUUAA